CAGGGUCCGUGUCCCACAGCCAUGUCUCACGCACUCACCUGUGCCCACCUGGGGUCGUCUGGGGGUCAGGUGGCUGCUGCUGGGUAGGAGGGCCCAGGAUUGUCCUGGGAUACAUGCCAACCUCGGGCUGGGACGCUGGGGGCAUGAGGUGUCUGUGAGGGCGCCCAGCUCAGGGGCCCUGUGGAGGCCACCAAGGCAGGGCCCAGUGCCGGAGGCGUGGUGGGACCCAAGACCUGCCCACUGCCCUGCCCUGCCCCUUUGGGGGUUGGGGGCCACUCACCCACGGCCGCGGGUCUGGCAGAACCUCAGUUGCUGCACCACCUCAGGAGGAGGAUGUGGCUGCGGCUGCCAGCGCUGCUGCUCGUCCUGGCUGUGGGCUGUCAGCCGCAGGAGGACACCCCCCGGGAGUCCCAUAGCACCAACUGGGACAAGUUCUCAGGGUUCUGGUAUAUUCUGGCCAUUGCCACUGACACCCAGGGGUUCAUGCCAGCCAAGGAGCACAGGAAGCUGGGGGCGCUGGUGCUGGCGGUGCACCAGCGGGAUCAACUAAAGAUGACGCUUGCCCUCAGCAGGUCGCUGGGCUGCCAGUCCUGGGAGGUGACCCUGAAGAAGGACAGGAAGAAGGCUGUGUUCCGGAACACCUUGAAGGGGGUCAAGGGCUUGCACGUGCUGUUCACCGACUACCAGCAGGGCCUUGUCCAGCUGCGCCUGGGCCGCGGCAGCCGCACCUACAGGAGCCUACUGCUGCUCAGCCGGCGGCUGCUGUCUAGUUUCUGGACCCUGAAGCAGUUCCUGACCAUCUCGGACAUCCUGGGGCUUUCCAAGUCCUCUACCUUACUGCAGAAAGAUGCCUCCUGUGCUCAUGCUGUGCUGUGAAGGGGCUCCCUCUGGCUCAGAUCCAGGAGUGCUGCCUCCCGCCCCCUGGUGGCCCUGCUUGUGGGUGGUGGCUC